AGAGGUCAGCACCAUUCCUAACGUACGGUUCGCCACGUUGGAAGAAGUUGACGGGUGGCUACUGCUUGUUUGACGUUAGGGACAGUGUUUUGUAAGCUUUGCUUAGUUACUAUUAAUUGAAUAUAAUAAGUGUACCAAGGAUGAAGGUGAAGGAAUUGCUCAAAACUGUCAAUGUAGCAUGGUCACCACCAGCUCAACAUCCGAUAUUAUUGGCUGCUGGAACUGCAGCUCAGCAACUAGAUGCAAGUUUUAACACAUCUGCCAGUUUGGAUUUAUAUUCUUUGAAUUUGCAACAACCAGGAUAUGAUUUGGAAUUAAAAGCUACUGUUGCAAGUGACCAUAGAUUUCAUAAAAUAAUAUGGGGUUCAUAUGGCAACAAUCCAGCUGGCAUAAUUGUUGGAGGCUGUGAUUAUGGCAUGAUAAAGAUUUAUUCAGCCGCCAAAAUGUUAUCUAAUGAUAGUAAUAAUUUGAUAAGCAGUCCAGAUAGACACACAGGUCCAGUCAGAGCACUCGACUUUAAUCCUUUUCAAGCAAAUUUAUUAGCAACAGGUGCAACAGAAAGUGAAAUUUAUAUAUGGGAUAUUGUCAAUACAACUACGCCAAUGACUCCUGGAUCUAGAAGUCAACCUUUAGAAGAUGUGCAACACAUUGCAUGGAACAAACAAGUACAACACAUUCUUGCUUCCACGUUUUCACAACGUUGUGUUAUAUGGGAUUUAAGAAAAAAUGAACCUAUAAUCAAAUUAACAGAUGCAAAUUCUAAAGUAAGAUGGAAGGUAGUUCAAUGGCAUCCAGAUGUUCCAACACAGUUGUGUCUAGCAUCAGAGGAUGAUCAGGCUCCUGUAAUUGAAUUAUGGGAUCUAAGGUUUGCAACAUCACCCUUAAAAAUGUUCCAAAAUCAUCAACGUGGAGUUUUAUCAAUUGCCUGGAAUCCACAUGAUCCAGACUUGCUUUUAAGCUGUGCCAAAGACAACAGAAUAUUAUGUUGGAAUCCUAAUUCUGAUGCACCAAAUGGAGAAGUGAUUUGUGAAUUAGCACAAACAAAUCAAUGGAAUUUCGACGUUUCAUGGUGUCCGAGACAUCCAGGAUUGGUAGUUGGAACUAGUUUUGAUGGGCAUGCAGCAGUAUACUCUUUAUUAGGAGGACAACCACAAAUGUCUGUAGAAACCUCCAACAAAAUUGUGGAUUCUUUUCCUGGAAUGGAUCCUUUCACACAACCGCCUUCAGCGGUGCAAGCGGAACCAGCAGUAGUAUUGACAAAGGCUCCAAAAUGGUUAAAAAGGCCAUUUGGAGCAUCCUUUGGAUUUGGUGGAAAAUUAACAAUAUUUGAGAAUGAACCGUUAGAUCCUAAUCUACCUCCAAAUUCAAAUAGAAAAGUCAUUAUAUCGCAAGUAAUCACACAACCAGAUUUAAUUCAACGUUCGAACGAAUUGGAAGAAGUUCUUAAAAGUGAACAAUACAGUGAUUACUGCAAAGGCAAGGCCAACCAAACCGAUGAUGUACAUAGGAAAAAGAUCUGGAAUUGUGUAGGUGCAUAUUUCGGUGAAAAUGUGACAAAAGACAUAUUGAACUUAUUGGGAUAUGACAUAGAAACAAUGAAUAACAAGUUAAAUCAGUUCAUACCUCAAGAAGAUAUCGACAGUAUCACAGAAGGUGUCGGUAAUUUGAAUAAUGUACCUAAUGGAAAUGUUAUUGAUGGGAGCGCGGCGUUUGACGCCAUCGCACAGGAAAGCAAGAAAACAUCCGCAGCGAUAUUGAAAAAUAAAAACCUUCAAAUAAAUGUAUCGGAUGAUGAGGAUGGGCUUAUAACUCAAGCAAUCCUCUUAGGGAACAUUGAAGCUGCCGUGUCUUUGUGUUUUGCAAAUAAAAGGUACGCAGAUGCAGUCAUACUUUCAAUGGCUGCUGGGCCUGACUUGUUAGCACGUACCCAGUACAGAUACUUUUCAGAACACUCUGGUGCCCUCAAUUCUCUUAUAAAUUCAUUAGUUAGCGAAAAUUGGGCUGAAGUGAUUGAAAGUACUGAUAUAAAUUGCUGGAAAGAAGUAUUGAUUGGAAUAUUUACACAUGCUAAUCCGCAAGAGCGAUCUACAUUGUGCGAUAUGCUUGGAGAUCGGUUAGCGACAUCAGAUAAUCCAACGCUUAAAGAACAAGCUCAGAUCUGCUAUAUUUGUUCUGGUAAUUUGAAUAAAAUGAUCGAAUCUGCCAACGUUGAAAUUCAGGAAGUAGUCGAGUUGGUGGUUAUAAUGCAAAAAGCCUUAGAAACGCAGGGUAUCAGGGACUUACAAAUAGAAGGGAAAAUUGCAAACGUUUUAUCUCAGUAUGCUGAAAUGUUAGCGGCGGAAGGAGAUCUCGAUGCUGCAUUAAAUUAUCUUGGAAACAGUCAAGAUGAAAAAAUAAUAAUGUUAAAAGAUCGUCUAUGCAGAGCUUUGGGCUACAUUCAAGAGUCAAAAGUUAUGCCAAAAGCUCCAGCAAUGCAAAAUUAUUACGAUCGAACAAGGAGACCUGUACAAACUGCUCAAAAUCCAUUACACGCUGCAACACAAGCAAGACCUUUCUUUGAUACAAAUGUUGCCCCUGUGAAACAGCCUUUCGUACCACCUCCAAAUCAGUUCAAUACUCAACAGCAACAACAACCUUUCGGAUUAUCUCCACUUCAACCACACGUACCAUCUAUGCAAUUUGAUCAAACGCCUAGUACUUACACUCCACCAUCCUUGUCUCAACCACCUCCGCCACCACCUCCUACAAGUGGAUCAAGUGGAAUUGGAUCUCGACCAUCUAGCGUUGGACCUCAAGCUAGAUCAAAAUACUUGAUAGAUCCAUCCGUGAAAUCUUCUUCGACGUAUGGACAAUCUAGCUUUCCUCAGCAAACAUCAAUGUAUAAUAGCCAACCACAGGUUCCUCCAGUACGAGGCUACCCCACGAUGAACGUGUACCAGCCUCAAGCUCCUUUUAAUCCCCCAGUAUACCCUGGACAAACUUUUGGAACUACUCCAAAAGAACCAGAGCCUUUUAAACCGAUCCAGUCCAGUGUAUUAACGCCAAUGCAGAAUCCGCCACAAAGUCAAAUGUACGAACCAAUUAAGACCCAACCGCUGCCACAAACUUCAUUGUAUGGAAACGAGAAUCAAUCGCAAUCCGUGGAUCAGACGCCCGCUUAUCAGCUGCCACCUCAACCUGCUGGAUGGAACGAUCCUCCAGCUGCAAAAUCUAGAAUGCAGUCAAAGCCGGACUACCAAUCUCAGAAUCCAAUUUUGCAUCCUUUGCGAGGUGCGAUGCCCCAACCGGAACCAAAUGUGAUGCAACAAGAAAAAUAUUAUCCUGAUGCACAAGUACCUUACAAUCCACAACAAUAUACCCAGAAUAUACAAAAUGUUCAAAACGUAGGAGCUCAGUUUCUGAAACCAAUGGAACCUGUACAACCCGCCGCGGUGGCCAGAGCACCGGAACCAGAAAAACCAAAGCCACCUAUACCAGAACAACAUCAACAUUUAAAAACAGUAUUCGAUGAAUUAAAAAAUCAGUGCUUUGAGAAUGCAAAGAAUCCACAAAUCAAAAGAAAAAUAGAAGAUGUAUCUAAAAAACUGGAAGUCCUAUAUGAUUGUCUUAGAGAAAACAAGUUAUCGCAAAACACUUUACAAGGAUUGCAUCAAAUAUCACAAAUGGUACAAAACGGAAAUUAUACCGGAUGCUUAGAUCUUCAUACACAAUUAGUGUCAGGUCCAGACUUCAGUCAAAUCUCUUCGUUUAUGCCCGGAAUUAAAGUAUUAUUGCUAAGUGCCCUUCAACUAAAUGUCUAUAUUAGAUAGAAUGCAAUAUACGAAAUCUGAAAUAUUUACAUUUAAUCAUUUUUAUAAUUUGAAAUUUUUAUAACCCAUAACAUCAUUAUUAAACGAGAUAUUUAUGUUAAAUCAACUCUCCACGAUAUUCAGUGCAGUAUGAAUAGUCAUAACUAUCUAUAUAUAUAAACUUUAUGGUUUAAUAAUACAAUAAAGAAAAAAACAUAAAGUUUAUAUAUUCUACAUCUAAGAAUGGCUUAUCUCUGUACAACUAAAAGAAUUCGUUAUAUAUAUAAAAAGCAUGUAAAAAAUAGAAGAACUAUAUUUGAGCAGAGAACGCGUUAAUAUGUUCCCGCAAAUUGUUAAUUGAAUUUUGUUCUUUUAAUAUGUGUACAUAAAAUAUUAAAGUUGGCUUUAAAAAAU